CGAUUUAACUGAAGGAAACACGACGUCGUUGCUGCUUGACCCAGGGGCCUGCCACCAGAUAACUGUCUCUGUCCUUUCCCCACCUACGCUCCUGUGCAAGUCUUCUGAUCAUCUUCCUCUUUCUGAAUUCCUAAACACACUGUAGUCAGAAAGUAGAAACUUUAAGCUCUAAAAGACGUCUCUUUGCUUUCAUCUAUCUUUUAUUUAUAAGAGAAUGGCGUCUUCUUCAUUAUCAACAACAGAGAGAAGAGGAAUACCGGGAGCUCAAUUUGUAGAAGAUGUCGAAACCUAUCUCACCCAAUCUGGCCUCGAUGUCAACUCCGCUCUUUCCUUCCUCCAAGAAAGGCUUCAGCAAUAUAAGUUAGUCGAGAUGAAAUUUCUUGCGCAGCAGAGGGAUCUUCAAGCAAAGAUCCCUGAUAUUGAGAAAUGUCUAGAUGUCGUUGCAACUUUACAGGCUAAGAAGGGUACUGCUGAGGCACUUGUUGCUGAUUUUGAAGUCUCCCAAGGCAUAUAUUCGCGGGCUUGCAUUGAGGCUGCUGAUUCAGUAUGUUUGUGGCUGGGAGCAAAUGUCAUGUUGGAAUAUUCAUGUGAAGAGGCCACUGCUCUUCUACAAAAGAAUUUUAAUAAUGCUAAAGCUAGUCUAGAAGUUCUUGUGGCUGAUUUACAAUUCUUGAGGGAUCAAGUCACAAUAACACAGGUUACUAUGGCUCGAGUGUAUAAUUGGGAUGUUCACCAGCGUAGAAUGCGAAAAGCUGCUGAUACUUCUACAGAUUAAGGAAACAAAAGUCUACUGCAGCCCAGAUUCAGAGGUGACAAUAUAUAUUCUUGUUGAGAAUGUUGUCCUAAUUUCACAUAGUUUAGUUUAGGCGGAUGGAGUUGUCUUUUGUAUUUUUGGUGAUACAAAUUUUGGUUCGUGGGUUUCCUGCAUCGCUCGUUUGAAAUUCUGGAUGAAGCUUAUUAUAUUUUUUGUACCAAUUUUUGUACAUCAUAGGACUUCUCUGCUAGAGCAGUAGUGUCUUUGUUUCCCCCGACUUCUAGGUUCAUUGGCAUGUUAUAUGUUGUGUAUUAGAUCCAUAUGUCCAAUAACAUGUCCAAUUUAGAUCCAUAUGUGCAUGUUAAAUUUAUUUUCUGUUAACCAACUGGCUGUAAGCUGUGGAUAAAAAAUUGAAAAUCUGGGUCGCUUGUGAAAUGAUUGGAUCCGAGCAAGACCCUUGUGUGAGAGAGGUAUUGGCAAAAGUUUUAUAAAAUGAAAGGACAAGGAGUCUUCAUCA